AUGUUUGUUAUUUUGCUUCUUUUUCUAAUCACACCCUGCUACAAUUCUGAAAUAUUAAGUGAUUGUAUAAGUGACAGAAAAUGUACAAUUGUCAGCUUACAAAAUAGUGACGUACAUAUAAAACUGGACAACAGUUUGAUCAAAAGAGAUCUGUGGACGUUCUGCUAUCCUGGAGAAACAAGAGACCUCUAUAAACUAUGGUUAUAUCCAGUUCUUAGAUUACAUAUCAGCAAUGAUGACUACACACUGAGCUUUGGUUCUAAUGCCAGAGAAGUUGCCAAAAGCAGUUCACAGUUUACAAUAAAUCUUCUACGAACAAAACUUUUCCAAAGUAAAGAAAUCUCUCUGACACCUUUUAAUGUAACUUGUGUUGGAAUCACAACUCAGUCUGAGUUCACAGUUCAAUUGAAAGUGAAAUGGAUUGAAAUUUGGUUAGUUGCCAGUUUGGUAUUUGGAAUUGUGCUGUUCUUCUCAGCCAAAAAAUGGAGCCAAAAUUCUUCCCUCCACUAUUUAACAGGAACAGUACUGGGAAUCGGCUUCUCUGUUCUAAUCAUUCUUGUACUUAUCAGCCGUUUCAUACCUAAGAAACCAUUUACAGCCUUAUUCUUAUUCUCUGGAAUAUCUGGAGUAUUAUUUUCCUUUCAUUGGUUAUACAGUAAUUUGUAUUCCAUUUCCACAGAAUACUGGAUGGGAAUACUGAUUUAUCUGUUAUCCAGUGGUAGUAUCUCUUUCUUAUUAUCAUAUCGCUUUGGCCCAGUCACAGAUCCAAGAUCUAUGAACAUCAUCAGCUGGAUGUUACAAAUAUUAGGUCUUGUAUUCAUAGGAAUUGGUACACAAAUUCCAGAGGUUUCUACAGCAGUGAUCAUUAUUGUGUUGUCCAUAUAUAACAGGCCAAAAUGGAUUGGUAGAUUGAUGACCUUCUUAAGUUUUAGAUUUUUUCCACCUAAACGUAAACUCCUAACUGAGGAAGAGUAUAUUGCUCAAGGUGUAAUAGAAACCAAGAAAGCUCUUGAAGAACUGAGGGAAUUCUGUCGAAGUCCAAAAUGUGCCCCAUGGCAAGUGAUUAAUACAAUGCAAUCACCAAAAAGAUUUACUAGUUUCAUUUUAGGAGGUUCCCACAUCACUGAUGAUGAGCUUCUUCUAUACAACACCGAUCCGGGACAUAUGCCAUAUCAUGGUGAAGAUGAUAGUAAUGAUCAGUCAGACAUUGAUCUACAGUGGGAUGAAGAGUCUUAG